AGAAAGUGGGCGUGGCGGUUAAUCAUUUGAUUAGAUGGGGCGUGGUACUUUUAGUCACGUGAUUAAAGGCGGGCUAUGGCGGGAUUAUGAAACUGUCCUGUGAUUUGGAGGUAUUGUAUCGUUUGGCUAGAAGUGUAGGGGAUAGUAAGAGUAAGAAGGCGAGGUGUCUCCUCUCUAUAGGUAGGAAAGGAAAAGACGAGCUUCAUUUGAUAGUUUCUACAGUAAAGAAUGUCACUGGAUCCACAUAUAAACUUAAGAAAAACGUGAUCCAGAUCUUUGACAAAUUUACAAAAGAUGGUAAAACCACCAUUCGGUUCUCCGACCCCGCCCACGACCUCUGUAUCAGCAAAGCCGAUCCUGUAAAAUUAAAAGAGUUCCUGUUGCUCCUCAGACUAAGCCCAAAGGAGCAAGGGACUGUAUCGGUUGCUCCUCUCCUCCCGCCUAAAAUGAGAGACCUUGACAAACCUGUCACGCGGCUUUCGAUCAAGUCUCGCGGUGAGUACCCGAUUGAAGCAGGAUUUCCAUCUUCCCUUGAGAGACUCGUCGCUCCCAAUAUAGUACUGACCAGAUUUGAUCGGAGGAUAUUCAACCUGUCAUCGCUCCAGCAUCUUGAUUUGAGUGGCAAUGUCAUAAAAGUCAUACCAGAGGAGCUGAAGGACUUAUCACUAAGUGAGCUCAUUCUUUCCGGGAAUCAGAUAAAAGAACUGCCAGCUGCUGUCGGUUACGGGGCUAUUGCGAGUAGUCUGAAGGUUUUGGAUUUAUCAAGAAACUCUCUUACUUACUUACCACAGUCUUUUCAUCUCUUUAAAUCGCUCGUCCAACUGAAAUUGGAUUGUAACGAGUUGCAGGUUUUACCUCGUGGGUUUGGGAGGCUGCAAGGAAGCCUCCGGUUUCUAUCAAUCUCUUCAAAUAAACUCGUCCUUCUUCCUUUUUCCUUUUCAAGGCUGAGACUUGAAUCGCUUGAUUUGUAUGGGAAUCCUUUUAAAGCUGGCGGCCUCGUUAGAAGGUGCAAGAACUUGAAUAUGCCGGGACUGAUGGAGCUGUCUGCUAGAGUCAUCAAGAAACAAAAGUUGCUUUACAAUACACAGACCAUUCCAGUGGCUCUCUGUCACUACUUGGACUCUUCAAAGAAAUGCCUUUGUGGGAUGCACUGUUUUGAUGCCUACCUUCACUAUAUCGCAAAAUUAGAUUUGUCUAAAGUUUCGUCGAGCCUCACUUCAGUGGAUCAGAGCGGAACCACCUGUGUGCCAAUUGAACUGUUUCUGUGUUCAGCAAAGUGUUUAAAACUUUGGAAAUAAAUUUUACAAAAAAAACAACAAUUAAUGAAUCGAAUGAAAAAAACUCAUCUCUCUCAAUAUAAUAAUAAUAAUAGCUCAAUAAUAGUAAUAAUGAUAAUAAUAAAUCAUUAGUUAUUUUUGCAAUGUCUUUCUUUGAUCUCAAG